GAAAUGCAAAGCAUCUGACGUGCAACUCUAAACUUUUACCUGGUGCUGCUGCACAUAGAGGUGACAUUUCGUAACUGCAUCAAGUUGUGGAGUCUGUGAAACAAACAGCAGCAUCAUGUUCUACGGUUCUUCCUCUGGGGCCAGUAUGUCCCUACCGUCCAAGAGCCGCCUGAAGCGCCAGAGCAGGACCUUCACGCAGGUCCUGUACCGCACUCUUAGUUACAGAGACCGUGUUCCAGCAGAAACUGGAACAAACACCCGUGGGGACCGGCGUUCAACAACUGAACCCCCGGAGCGACCGGCGGAUGACCCAGCUGAACUGUCCACACAGAGCUCGGCCCCUGGGGUGCUGAAGAUUUUUGGGGAUGAAAUCUGUGCUGGUGCCAACUACAAGAGCGUCUUGGCCACGCCACGCUCCAGUGCGCAGGAGCUGGUGAAAGAGGCACUCGAGCGUUACUCGCUCAACAAGGAUGCUGCCCACUCUUAUGUCCUGUGCGAUGUGAUCGGACACUUGGAGGGGGGAGGGGGGAUAGGAGGAGGGGGCUGGCGGACUGAAUGCCUGCGUGCACUGGGGGACAAUGAAAAGCCGCUGCUGCUCCAAGAGCUGUGGAAACCCCGAGAAGGACACGCUCGCAGAUUUGAGCUGCGCAGGAGAGCAGAGGUGGAGGAACUCAACGCCAAGGAGAAGGAUACCAUCACUGCUGAUAUUAAUGCCCAAGCUCGUAAGCUCCAGAGGAACAGGGCGAAGGGGACACUGACCCUGCCCCGCUCCAGCAACUCAUCCUUCUGCCGCAGCCUCAGUGAAACCAGCCUCAACCAGCUGGGAGUAGGAGACGAGCCCAAGCGUUAUUACUCCACGCUGCCAGGGCCCUUAAGGGGCCGGGAACGUGAAGUGGCCUCCAGCGGCCGGAGGAAAGAGGAGGGGAGUCAGGGAGGGGUGAGGCACUCUCUGUACCAGUCGCCACAUCUCCUCCUGCUGCAGGGAUACAAUCGGCAGGACUGCCUGGUGUACCUGCUGAACAGAGAGCAGCACACAGUCGGUCAGGAGACUCCAUCAGCUCGUCCCAACAUCUGCCUGUUUUCCCCUGACAUCCUGCCCCUCCACUGCCGCUUGCGCAGAGUCCCUGCUCCCCGUCGCCAUGCCAACAAUAACAACAAGGGAGAGGAGUUGGCGGAAAGUCAGCGGUUCUGUGUUGCGGUUGAGCCUGUGCUCCACGCCACCGUUCUGGUGAACUUUUCCCGCUGCGAGCGCUCCACCACGCUGCGACACGGUGACCUCCUCUCCUUCGGAGCGCAUUACAUCUUCCUGUACAAGGACCCCACGGGUGCUAAGCCUCUGCCUGCUCAGACCUUGGCACGCCUUCGCACCCUGGGGCAGCUUUACGAUGCAGGAGUGGAGGAAGUAGAGGGCGGGGCUCAGACUUGUAAGAUGUGUGGUUCUGUGCUGAAGGACAGAGCAGCCCAGGUGUCGAGUGCUCCGGCAGUCAGACGGGGAGGUCAGAAAAGGAGGCUACAGCUGGAGUUUGACCAGGCUCAUGAAGACCAGCUGUUAAACAGAAUUGUGUCCCUCAUAGAACCUGGAGGAGACGACCAUAAGCUGACACCAGCCUACCUGCUGUGUCUGUGCAUACAACACUCUGCCUCAACCUUCCCACCUGGGAGUUUUGGAAAACUGCUGCUCAAGAUCGUGCGGCGAAUUCAGACCAUCGCAUGGGAGAAGACAAAGGAGCUGGCUCAGAAGCAAGCUCAGCACCAGGACCCGGCCUCCCUGUCUCUGCUCAGUAUCUCAGACUUGAUCCCAGACCUGCAGACCAUCUUCUUCUGGAUGUCCAACUCCAUCGAGAUCCUCUACUUUAUACAGCAAAGAGCACCAGCGUACACACACAGCAUAGAGACACUGCAAGGGUCAAAGGAGUCGUUGCUAUCGGCGACCAUAUCAGCCAAUGAGGAGGCAAUGACUAUCUUGGAAGAAGUGAUCAUGUACACUUUCCAACAAUGUGUCUACUAUAUCACCAAGGCUCUUUAUGUAGUGUUACCAGGUUUGUUGGACUGUAAUCCAUUCCCAGUUGACAGCUCUGAGCCCUGCUGGAAAGGAGGUGUAGGGUUUCCUGAACCUAUACGCAGGGUUCUCCAGGUGUUUCAAAAUGCCCAGGAGCUUUUGCAGGGCUACCAGGUCCACCCGGAGAUCCAGGCUCAGAUGUUUGCUUACCUCUUCUUCUUCUCCAAUGUGUCGCUGUUUAACCAGCUAAUGGACAAAGGUCCAUCUCGUGGUUGGUUCCAGCGCUCCAAGGUGCUGCAGAUUCAGGCAUGUUUGCGAAUGGUCAUGGAGUGGGCGAGUAGGUCUGGUCUGGGACAUCUGGCCGACAAAUUCUUCACCAAACUCAACAGCACUGUGUCCAUACUGGCCACAGCCCCACAACAACUCACACAGCUGAGUUGGCGCGCGUUGUCCAGUGAGCACCCAACUCUCAAACCCGUCCAGCUGCACAGGAUUCUCACUCAGUACCAGCUCACAGCAGAGAUAGGCCCCGUCCCAACAUGGCAACCGAGCAGCGAGGACGAGGCUUACAUAUACAGAACAGUGGACCUCCUGGAGAGCUUUGAGAACCACCCUCCCAUAGUGUUGCCCAGCGCCGGCUUCAGAGUGGACUUGGACAGCGAGUGUGUGGAGGACAGCAUCUACAGACAGCUGCUCUACAUCCGCCACUACCUGUGGGGGCUACGCACCAAGACGCAAACACACACCAGCACUCCCAGUGUGCACACACACUCCAACGGAACCAACACAGCCGACUGGCCCGACGUGCAGAGGGAGCUGUUGCCUCCGGCCCACAGCAGUCCCCGCUCUGGGGGUCCCGGGGACGAGGUGGUGGCAGAGACAGUAGAGGAGAGAGGACGGGACAGACCCUCAGGCCAAACACAUACACACAGCCUCAGAAGGAACGGCACCAUUCACCAUCCACGAACAGCAAAUCCAGAUCCGUCUUGCCUCUUGACCCCUCCUAACACCCCGCUGUACCCGGAAGGAGGAGGAGGAGGAGGAGGGGGGCCUGGGCCAAUCAUAGGCCCCAACACCCAGACAAACGGCUGCACCAGCAGAACUGUGGCAGAUAGUAAGAAGACCAACGGACUCAUCACCAAUGGACUGGAGGUGGAACUGGACAAAGGACCCUAUGGACUGGGCAUGGGACUCAUUGAUGGCCUGCACACUCCUCUCAACGCUCCAGGGAUUUACAUCCGGACUCUGAUCCCUGAAGGACCGGCUGCCUCCGAUGGCAGACUGAGGAUCGGAGACCGCAUCCUGGCAGUGAACGGGACCAGUCUGAUAGGAGCAGACUACCAGAGCGCGGUGGAUCUGAUUCGUCUGGGAGGAGGUCGACUACGUUUCCUGGUAGCCAAGUCCGACCCCGAGGUUUCAGAGAAGAUCAGUGCCUCCUCCUGCUGACCACCUCCACUGC